AUGGCGUGUGUCCACGAUGACGAUGCCUUCAAGUACCAGGCGUACACCUUCACCUACCUGCUGGUGUUUCCUGUGGCGUUCCUCUGCAACGUCGGGGCGCUGGCCGUGUUCUUCCUGCAGAGCGGAAGCAGAAGCUCCGCCUCCUGCGUGGUCAUGAUGAACCUCGCCCUAUCAGACGGCAGCUUCUCCCUCACCCUCCCUCUGAGAUUGGCUUAUUAUCGGGGGCGGGAGUGGAUCUUCUCUGAUUGGCUGUGCAGACUGUGUGUGUUCGGCUUCUACCUGAACCUGUACACCAGCAUCCUCUUCCUCACUCUACUGAGCAUGCUCCGCUGGUUGGCUGUGGCCCGCCCCCUCCGUCACCGGACUCUGGCCACGCCCACUCGAACCUUAUUGGUCUGUCUAGGAGUGUGGCUGCUGGUGGGCGUGUCCUCUGCCCCAUUCCUGUCCAAUGGGGUGACACCACAGGGGGUGCCGCGCUGCUUUGAGCCGUCCACUCCGUCUUCCUGGUCCCGCAUCCUCAUCCUGAACUACGUGGGAUUGGUCCUUGGCUUCCUCCUCCCCUUCCUCACCAUCAUCAGCUGCUACAGCGACCUGGUUCGUCGGCUGAUGUUUGGCUCCGCCCCCCGUGGCACCGGCGUCAGCAGACGCAGGCGGCUGCGCUCGGUGCACCUGGUCGCCAUGGUGACGGCCACCUUCCUGGUCUGCUUCCUGCCCUACCACGCGGUGCGCUCGCUGCACCUGCACGCCGUCUGCGGUGGCUGGAGCUGCGGCGUGACGCUGCGGCUGCAGAGGGCCACGGUGGUCACGCUCUGCCUGGCUGCCUCCAACAGCGUGGCCAACCCCCUGUUCUACUACUACGCUACCAGGACCUUCAGGGACAGCAUGAGAGACGCCUCGCUGCUUGCCACCAGGGGCAGCUCCUUCAGGACCGGACUGAACCGGCUCAGACGGAGGAACACCGCCUGACAAUGUUUGACUAACACUGAAACCUAAAAUCUAAUUUAUCCUCUGGGAAGGAACCAGGUGUCAAUGAAGAUACAGAAGAUGGAAAACAGCUUUACUGUUUAUUAGCUUCAGUGCUCCGUAAUAGACAAAGACACACAAAACGACCACAAAGAGACACAAAACCACAAUAAAGAGACACAAAACAACCACAAACACACACACAACAACCAGAAAGACACAAAACAGCUGCAAAAAAAACACACGAAACAAUCACAAAGAGACAAAAAAAUGACCAAAGACACAAAACAACCUCAAACUCACACAAAACAAUUACAAGGAUACAGAAUUUUGGAGAUAUUGUGCAUUUUUUGAUGUUAUUUGUCUCUGUUUUGUGUCUCUUUGUGGUUGUUUUGUGUCUCUUUGUGGUUGUUUUGUGUCUGUUUGCGGACAUUUUGUGUCUCUUUGUGGUUGUUUUGUGUCUCUGUGGUUGUCUUGUGUCAGUUUGUGCUUGUUUUGUGUCUCUUUGUGAACGAUUUGUGCCUCUUUGUGGUUGUUUUGUGUGUCUUUGUGGACUACUUGUGUCUCUUUGUGGACUACUUGUGUCUCUGUGGUUGUUUUGUGUCUCUGUGGUUGUUUUGCGUCCCUUUGUGGUGUUUUUGUUUGGGUUUGUGGUUAUUUUUGUGUGUUUUUGUGUUUCUUUGUGUGUUUCCUCUGUUAAACUGCUGUUUGGUCUUCAUACAAGUUCAGGUCUAUAAUCUCUUUACGUUCUGAAGCAGAGAGGAUUCCUUGUAUUUCAGUCCCGGCUGGUGAGCAGCGGUGUCACAGAGUAACGCUGCCCUCUGCAGGAUCACUGUGGUUAUUCACUGUCAACAAUACAACAUGGAAUUGUGUUUAUUUAACUACUGACUUAUUAUUUCACAGAUUUACCAUUUUUUGUUAAACUAAAGAUAAUAACCAGUGACAUCACAGAAAAAAAAUGCAAAUUUACAUGUUGACCAAAACUGUAAAUAGUCAUGACUUGAUGUUCUGUAUUUAAAUCCACAUAAAAAUCAUUAUUUUACACUCAACUGCUGUUAUGUAUAUGAAGUAUGAAAAUGGUAAAUCAUUGUUUUUCUUGUUUUUAAAUCACGGGUAAUAUCAAAUUAAGGCUGUUUAUGGAUUUACUUCAUUCAAAUGAU